CAUGAACUUCUGAGUUUCAUUCACAUUCAUGAUCAACGAAGACGUUUGUUUGUUCAUGGUGAUUGAUGAUUCAAUAGAAUAGUUUUCCACUUCAAUAAACCAAAGAUGAGAGCACUUCCUCCUCCGCGUUGUCGUCGAAGAGACAUGAUUUGUUCUGGGACAAUGCUACACCUCCUCGUCUUGGGAUUGGCCACGCAGCACCUGGGCGUAUCAGAAGCCAAGCCGAACCCGAAAAGUGGUGGACCUUCCCCACAGGAUGUCUUGAUACAGCAAGUGAUCAACAUGGACGGGGAUAUGAGUGAUUGGGCAGCAAUGAACUUAAGCUUGUUUAUGUUUAUUCGGGUCUGUCUUCUCCAUCUAACAAGUUUAUUUCUUAACAGCAAACGAUGCGUAUGCGGUUGUGAAGCUGAAGAGUAUCUAGGCAAUCUGUGCGCGAUUACUUUGUAUUGUAUUGCGUUGCCCCUCUAACAUCUCGAACCAACGGAAUCGAAUUCUUGCGCAAACAACUGGUGACUGGACUCCAUUACGCGGUGAAAAAUCAUAAGAGCGACUAUGUGAAAGUCUACAUCGAAAAGGGACAGAGAGUGUGGGACCACUUUGACCUGAAAUCAUUGGAAAGCAGUGCAGGCGGUGGUAAGGCAGAGGGCGAUGCGUCGGGGGCCGCUAGUGUUAAGAUGUUACUUAAAUCACAUGUUAGAACUCACGAAGAUACUACGAAAUCGGAGUCAAAGGACAACAUGUUGUUGUAGCGAUUGUCGGGCGAUAAGAACUUUUUGAGAUUUGGACAAGGCAAUAAGAAAGACUAGAUGAAAUAGCAAGUAAGCGGAGUAGAAUACGAUGUGCCACGGUAUUUGUUUUCCCCAAGAUUACCUUGCAGUUUUUUCUUACAUGACUUUGACUACGUGCGCUUGAUGCAGUAGCUGAAACUUUCUUAGAGUCACGAGGUACUGAUUGUAGUAUAGCAUCUCCGUCGUGUCUAAUGCUUCGAGCCCCAAAAACGACGAUGAGGACGACGAUUCACCGAAUAAGGAUAUAUCAAAGGUGGACAAGACUGCGCGACUCAUUAAUCAAAGACACCCGGAUUUAAGACUUGUUCUGCAGAUAGUAACUCAACCUUCAUGCCAUUGAUUGUUUCUAUCCUCAUCGAUCUCGAUCACUUUCGAUUCUUCAAGACGAGGUUUAUUCUACUUGGAAACGAACAAUAUCAAUAUCUAUGGAAUUCCUCCACCUGCCUUUGUGUUUGUUUAUUCCUAGAAAAUCAUUGGCUCUUCGCAGACCCAGUAAUUGUGUUUGUGAGCUCCUGUCUCGUCUAAUACAUUCGCUGCAAUCUCCAUUGAUGCACGCAGUCUUGAGCGGGCGGGUAAAGACUGUCUCUAUGCUUCUCGACAAAGGCGCGGACGUCACCAUACCAGAGAAAGAUGGGUAAUUCUAGGAGGUCGGAAGAAAAGUUGUAGUAGAUGAAGGCGCAACAUUCCACCAGGAGCAUAAGCAUAUGUAUGAUCCAUAACAAUAACCCCCCUUAUAACUACAACGCGUACACAGUAUCAAAUAAAAUACCAUACAGUGAAGCAGCAAAGCCCUUCAGGUACACCCCAAUGCAUGGAGCGGCAUUUCAAGGUCGACCAGAGAUAGCACAGAAAUUGCUCGAUCACGACAUCCCGGCUAACGACGUCCAUUCGGACGGAUAUCAACCUAUCCAUAGAGCCUGUUGGGGACAGGAAACCAGACAUACGAAGACAGUUGAGGUAUUAGAUUUAGUCUAGGAGACGAGACGUCGUAGGUAUAGAUAAGAAGGCAGUUGGGGUAAAAAGCUUUUGUUUUUUUAGAUUUAGUAGACCUUUCAAAUUGUUUUUUUGUUUCUAGGUGCUUGUGAACCAAGGUGGGGUCCCUUGGAACCAGAAAGGGAAAGACGGCAAAACCUGCGCCGAUGUCACGUCGAACUCAGGAACAAAAAAGUUCCUCAAAAAAGCAGAAAAAGUAUGGCCCUGUUUGUUCCAAUGCGAUUCCACUUCACUUAUCUAUUAACGAGUGGCGCUCGCGCUUUUCGUGUGUUCUUUGGCACUGGUUCCAAGAGCUGCAGGAAAAGUUUCCGUCUGUAGGUCUUUUAGGAGCGGGCGCCUCUGAUUCUAGGAGCAGAAGCCCCCGACUCAUCUAGGAGCAGAAAAGUUUCCCACUCUAGGGAAAUCCCAUGCCUCGAAGAACCUCCAGCCGUCCUAGAGAGAAGACCCUCCCUAGGAAAUGAAUCAUCGUGAGCCCGUUCUAAGAAAGGAAGCAAACGAGCGUGCGAAAAAAGAGGCUAUUGAAAACGAAGGCAAUGCUAUUAGAGCGAAAUUAGAGGCGCAGCACGAGGAGCUCCACAAGAAUCUCAUGUUAUGGCUCCUGGCCAGGGCUUUCUUUAAAAUUUCUUGGCAGUCAACCAGCACUCGCUUCUGUAGGUCGUGUAGAAGACUAUCUUCCGUAUUCUGCGAGUAUACGUUGUUUUCGGACUAAGAAGAAGAACAAGUCCUCUCUUAGACGUUGUCGUGGGCUUUAGAAGUAGGAUCUCAACUUGCUCAAAUGUAGACGUAGAGGUCGAAGGAAGGACACUUAGCAGAAGUACAGGACGACAACAGAGGAAGAAGAAGAAGGAACAAAGAAGUAGAACCGUAACUAAUUAGCUAAUUAAAUCUUUUCAACUUUGCGAUUGGGUACACUACAACUACUACUCGACGAAUGAGGCCUGGCAAAUGCACUUCCUCUAACAUUCGGCCUGAGCGAGAAAGGUAUGACCGACGAGCAGAUCCGUGAGGCUAUGAUUGGGCAGGCCAGUGCAACAGCUGGCACAGCGGGCAAGUCUAAGGAUGACAGGUCUCAGGGUAAGGUGGAUGAUCUCUGAAAAGAUUACGUUUGUACUUCUUCAUCCUCGGAGUCGAGCAGGCCCCGGUGGGGCUCGCUGUGCAGGAUCCAUAGCCUAAUCUAACCAAGGACUAUGGUAAUCUUGUUCAGAUUUCUAAAUAGAGCAAAAUAUGGAUCUUUUCGUUUGAUAGUCUAUGUCUAGGACCGCCGUAGGCGUCCUCAACAGUAAUGUUGAGCCUGAACAACCUCUAGUAGAAUAUAUCGGAUACAACAGCAUGUUGGCAAAGCGAUGACCGUAGCACAUCAUAACACGUUUUUUUGGAAUCCUACUUGCUAAUGAUCACGCCCGCGCUUACUUUUACUUCUCGUUGUCUCGUUGAGUUUUUCUGUCUACGCGACAUGAGAAACCGUUGAAGUAUUCAAUAUACG